AUGAGCACACGCGACGGCAGCGACACCAUGAGCCCGCCGAACGAGGCGACGAAGCGGAAGAGCGACGACGGGGCCGGACAGCCGCGGGCGAAGCGCAACCGGUACAUUAGCAUCGCGUGCAACGAGUGCAAGCGGCGCAAGAUCAAGUGCAACGGACAGACGCCAUGCCAGCGGUGCGGCAACCUCAGCCUCGAGUGCCUGUACGCGCCCAACUGCUGCAACAACUUCAAGGAGAGCGACGAGUUCAAGCAGAUGACGGCGCAUAUGGCGCGAUUGCAGCAGCAGCUCGACGACAUGCUGCAGACGGUGCACAGCCUAUGCAGGCAGUCCGACGUCCAUCCCGACGGCACGCCCUUGACCGCCCAGCUGCCGCCGCCGCCGCCCAAGCACCCACGCUCCACGUCUUUCAGCAAGCACCCGCGCUUCCACGGCCCGACGGCCAACGCCUUCAACCUGGGCGUCGCGCGCAGCAGCCUGCAGACCAUGGGCAUCACCGCCGCCGACGACGGCGACGGCGACGGCGACGGCGAGGAGGUCGCGACGCACGACGCCACCCCGCGCGCCUCGCCGUCGGCGCCCGCCGCGCCGCUGCACGCCGACAAGGACGCCGUCUGGGCCCUCUCCAAGGCCGAGGCGCUGCGGCUGGUGCACGUGUGGUACGAGGAGCAGGGCAUCAUGUACCCAAUCCUGGACCUGGACAAGCUGCUGCGCCACGCCGACAUGCUGUUCUCGUUCGUCGAGGCCGCCGCGCGCUCUGGGCUGAUGCAGCGCGCCAUGCCCGGCGCCGACGCCAUCAUGGACGACCAGACGAGCGUGCUGAAGCUCGUGCUGGCCAUCACCCUGGUCAUGGAGGGCGGCGGGACGGAUCCGCUGGGCGAGAGGCUGUUUUCGAACGUGCAGGGCGUCGUCGAGCGCAUCCUCUCCGAGCCCGUGAGCCUGCAGAGCGUCGGUCUGCUGACUCUGACGGGCAUGUACCACUUCACCCGCGACGACGAGGCCCUCGCCUGGCGCAUGAUCGGGCUCGCCGCCCGCCACUGUCUCGAGCUGGGCCUGCACCGCCGCGAGACGUACGCCGCGCUGUUCCCGGACCCCGACGAGCAGGCCGCCGCCGUCCGCAUCUUCUGGUCCGUCUACGUGCUGGACCGCCGCUGGUCGCUCGGCACCGGCAUGCCGUUUGCGCUGCAGGACGCCGACAUGGACCACAAUCUGCCCAAGCCCGACGUCUCGACGCACACGUCGACGCCCUACCUCAACGCCAUGAUCUCCUACAGCGCCAUCGGCUCCAAGGUCUGGAAGUCCGUCGCCGCGUCCUCCUCGGACACAUCGCCCGGCUCGGACCUCCAGAUGUCAAAGGAAGACAUCUCCUUUCUCGACUUCCAGGUCCUCAACUGGCACCGCUCGAUCCCGGAGCUGCUGAGGUUCAAACACCCGGACGCCGGGCAGUCGCACUCGUCGCCGCCCGCGCGCGUCCUGCACCGGCUGCAGAUCCUGCUGUACCUGCGGGCGAACCAGAUGCGGAUCCUGAUCUACCGGCCGGUGCUGCACACGGCGACGACGAUCCUGUCGCACCUCGACUUUGCGCACACGGUCGUCAAGGUCGCCAAGGACACGAUCCGCAUCCUGACCUUUAUCAACGGCUCGACCGACAUCUACCGCUGCCAGCAGACCAUGUUCAACUACUUCCUCAUCAGCGCCCUGGCCGUCCUGUUCCUCGCCGUCGCCCACGCGCCCGCAGAGUUCUCCGCUGACUGCAGGGAGGAGUGGUACAUGGCCCUCCACCUCGUGCGCGGCCUGAGCAGCGAGAGCCGCGUCAGCAAGCGCCUGUGGCGCACCAUCCGCACCCUCAACGAAGUCGGCCCGCGCCUGGGGCUCGUCAGCGAGUACCAGCAGCAGCAGCAGCAGCAGCAGCACGAGCAGCAGCAGCACGAGCAGAGCGAUGCCGCCGUCGCCAUGGCGGGGCUCGCGGGGCACGAGAUGCCGCACUUUCUGCGCCGCCACGGUGCGCUGGAUCCCGCGCUGGACCCUGCGCUGGGCGACACGCCGCACGGCAUCGCGCUGCACCUGACCAGUCUGUUUGAGGCGGCCGGCAGCGCGUACGGCAUCAACAACCCGUUUGACGGCAUGAGCGGCCUGUCGAGCGCGGGCGGGUACGAGGGCAUGCCGGCGUAUGGGACCGAGAACGAUGAGCUGGCGCGCAUCAUGCGAGAUUUGUUCUAG